AAGUUUAGUCGCCUCCAGAGUUUUGUUGGAGGCGCAUUGGCAGUUGCUGAUGUGCUGGAGUUUUAAAGCUUUGUUGUGGCUUACAGCGCUGCUCUGCCUCGGUGGUGGGCGAGUAGCAGCAUGGCAGGCACGAGGAAACUAUCACAGCGAUGCACAUCCUGGUAAAUGCACGAUCACCGAAACGGUUAUCCUCUCGCCUGGCGAGACAGUCAAAUCACCAGAUGACUGUGCCGAAAUACGCUGUGAAAACGAAAAUGGCGAUGCACAAACCAGUGGCUGCAGCGCUAUUGGCACCCCAGAUGGCUGCAUGUGGGGCGAUGCUGUCAAUCAACAUGCGCCCUUUCCGGAGUGUUGUGCUCGGCAUUUGAUCUGCGACGGUGGGUUGAAUAAUGAGACGCUGCUUUAUCAACAAAAUGUUUGGGAAAUGUUUUUGCCUAAUCUGAAAGCUGCUGCAGCGCAAGGUGCACUGGAAAUGAAGCAGCAGUAAACUUUAAGAAUUUUAAAUCAUUUUUUCCUUCUUCUUACAUUUAAUAAUCAAAAAUACUAACUAAACUAAAUUUUUACUAAUUAAGAUGGCAUUUUAGAUGUAAUAAUUGGAACGUGUUAAUGGCAUAGCAUGACUAGUAGUAAAUACAUAUAAGUAUAAAGUAUAAAAUAUAUGUUUGUGUUUAAAAAAUUUGCUCAAAA